AUGCCUUGGAUGCCACCCGCCCUCGAACGGAUUUCUUUCAACUUCGUUCAACUUCGAGGCCUGAGAAGCAUGCUUCGCGGUGAGCACGCGGUGAGCGAGGUGGAUAUGAGGCUGGAGACAUCCGGAGACCGAAAAAGCUGCUUCGAAGCAAAACGGAUUGCCACAGUCCAAGAGAAAAGGGACUCAGAGAAAAGGGGCCCGGACACCCAAAGCAAAAAAGUGGUGCGAAGGGCGAGGGACUCGUUGAAACGCAUGUUGGCUGGAGAAUUGGUUUUCAUGGCCAUGGUUGAAAAGAGUGUGAGGUCAUUGAGUCAAACAUUCCGCGUACGCCUUGUCAAAGACCCCAGAGAGUUGGAAGAUGUGGUGUUCAAGUAUCCCAGCUUUGGUCGCAUAGCUCAUUCAGAGAUCUGCAUUGACCAAGUACGAUGUGGCCAGAGCUCCAUGCUGCUGAUGUUGCCAAUCAGCUUCAGCGGAGAAGCUGCUUUUCUUUGA